AACCACGAUGCGAUCUCACCACCAGGGAAAGCGAAACGGAGCGCCAUACCGACUGUCGAAUACCCUCCACUUCCAACCAUAAUUCCUUGCUAAAUUAUCACGCUUUUUACACCUCCCUCUUUUCCUCCAGAACCUGGCCGUCGUUGCCAUCUUUCCCUUCCCACCAUAGCUUGCUCAUCACGGGUCGUAGUGGUGUAAAAAAAAAUUAAAAAAUUAAAAAAAAAGGAAGGAAGAGGAAAAGGGAAAAAGAAAAGAAAAGAAGCGCGCCUCACCAACCUUCUUCCAGUCGCGAAUUUUCGGUCGCGUUUCCUCCUCCAUAUAUAUAUAACCCGACGAAACCUCGAACCACAGCAUACCCUGCGAGAUGGAUAAGCGCAAGGUUUCGCGGGCAUCGCCAACGCCGGAUAGCGACGAUCGGGCUCGGAAACGGCGCAAGCAAUCGGUAAGUUUUUCUCGAACUCCGCCCUUCCGAGGUGAUUCCCCAUUUCUGGCCUUCUCUCCCGGCCCAUGGGGAACACCUUUCAUACCGAACCCGGGAUGCGCGCGCGAAAGGGGAACGGAGGCCGCUCCCCUCCGUCUUCCCCGCCCCUUUCACUUGUUUGCAUCCCUGGACGAAGCUCGGCUUGUGCACGACCGUUAUUUUGACUGACGGAUGCUCUAACGUGUGAUGCUUAGGCUCUGAAUACUCCUACAGCUAUCGCCCAAGCUCUAUUCGACACUGUAUGGAACCAUAAGGAGAGGUACCAUCCCGCACCAUCGAUCAUUCACCCUUUAACCCCUUCACCCUCCCCCUACACUAUGCCCCCCCCCCCCUUCCAACUGACCUUAUGUGACCGCCCUCCCUGUUCCGCUAAAUUUUAGCCCAUUCUAAUGAUUUCCCCUGCUUUAUCUGACGGAUUAGGAACCGUUUUAUCCGUCAGCACUUUGAGGUGCUAGUGCCCCAGGUAAGCUCCUCGCUUCUCCGCCAUAACUCUUGCCAACGGGCUAAACGUUAACCAAUUCGAAAGGAUGAUUAUCCCGAUUAUUACCAAAAAGUCACGAAACCCAUCUCCUUGGCCGAAAUACAGGUACGUGAAAACCCCCCCUCCCCUAACUCCUUCUCAUACUUACCGCUUGGUGCAAUAGGGCAAGAUUCACAGGAAUGAAUAUGCUUCUUUGGCAGAUGCGGAGGCAGACUUCUUGUUGAUGUGCCAGAAUGCCGCUGGAUACAACAAACCCAAGAGUCAGGUCCAUAGCGAUUCUAUGCGGAUAAGAAAUGUUGUAGAGGGCUUUAUUGCCGAACAGUCUAACCGCCAUGUCAAGAAGGAAGACGAAGCUGCCCAAGCAAUUCACGGCGGACGAAUCUCGGGUAGGAAUGCAAGGAAUGAUCCGGCAACUUUACAACAGGCACAAAAUGAGAUCAUUGACGAGUUGCUGGCUUUUACCGAUGAAAAGUGAGUCUAUCAGUGCAGGAUCCCCCCCUCUCCCUUCCAAAUUCCCUGAAGAAAAUUCUCUGCCUUGGGACCAGAUCUUUACUUCCUAAAGGAUGAGUGACCCCAUUCAUCCUAUUCCGCCGCCCAAUUGCUUUCUCGCUGAGUUCCUGUCGUAAACUUGCUAACAUCGCCUUUUUGCUCUUACUUUCUAGGGGUGAGUCGGUUGCACACUUCUUCACUAACCUCCCGAGCAAAAAGCUUCACGGGGAAUAUUUUCGGGUGAUCAAGCAACCCAUUUCGCUCAAACUCAUUAAAAAGGGGAUAUCCUCUGGGGAUUACCCUACAUGGGCUGAAUUCGAGUCAGCGGUCCGGUUGAUUCGUUCAAAUGCUGAAGAGUAUAAUGACGAGCAGAGUAGCAUCGUGGAAGAUGUCCGUAAAUUAGAUGUAAGUGCACGAUUCCGCAUUUUUCCCCGCAAAAAGGGUGGCUGACACCUUCCCCGCCCGUUGCUAGGCCCAAUUCCACAAACUUCUGAGUGAGGCGAGAGCAAGGGUUGGGAAUGCGGAAAGUGGCGGAAGUGGUAUCAGAUUGCGUCUCAAUGUACACCAGACACAACCAACCCCGCAAGAGCCAGCUCCCACCCCUAGAGGGCCGAGAAUCAAACUCAAUAUUGGAAGCCGCCGGGAAUCCGCUGUAGAUAGUCCAUCUGUGGCUUCACAGUCCUCGCCUCCACCUUCGCAACGGGUGCAGCGGGCCCCCAAGAAGCCUCCCGUCAAUGGUCUGCGCGCGACACGUGCGGCACUAGUUGAUGGACCGUCUUCAAGCCUCGAGUCCCCGGCUGCUGCACAGGCCAAUGGCACACGACCCGUCCGAGGUAGAUCCAAUGAUUCGUCGGGCGGACCCCCCCAGGGAUCAAAAAAGGAGCCCACCCCUCCUACUCCGGUGACAUCGCUCCCUCCACUGGCUGCUCCACGUGAUCAAAAGAACCUACUGGUACUUCCGGCCUCCCAGUCACCAAAGCCUGGCGCUGGAAAUAUGACACCUUCAACCCAAAGCGGGAGAUCGAGGAGCCCGGCGAAUGAUUCGAUAACCCUGCGGGCUAGGUCCAAUCCUCGAACGCCCCAGCCCCAGGUAUCUUCACCGGCGCCAAAUAUAGCAAUGCCUCCUCCCCCACAACGGCAUAGUGCUACCCCUGCGCCAAACGGGCAUUCCCCUGCCCCGCAGCCCAGUGCUUCGACACCCGCACCUUCGGCUUUGCCACACCCGAAGCCUAAUGCGGGGCCCGAGGAGCCAAGAUACCGUCCUGAUGGCAAGGGUAUUCAAUCCCGAUUACAAGUAUAACGUAUCGAAGCUUUGGACUAACGUGCUAUCCUUAGAUGCUAGUACUGCUAUAAUAAGUAGCGUGCGUCUCGCUGCCGCUCUGACUAGCAUUGAUAGCAAGUUCAGCCAGGAACUCUUUCCCGACGAUCGAAAGCUGAUGACACAAUUUUCGAUCCACCUUCCUCCGGAAGCAGGGGUCGUAGUGUUCACUCCCGUUUUGUCGACUGCGAAUUUGCACAACAGGGCAUACAAGCUAACUGUGGAGCUCAGAGCGAACAACAACACCCCGAGACUCCUAAACCCUAACCCCAGUCUGCAGAAAAAGAAGGAAGAGCCCCCUUAUGAGUUCCGCCCCAGUCCCGGGAGCGUGAGCACCCUUGAAUGUACGCUCGUAACUACCGCCCACCGUCCCGCCAUAAAUGGCACUAGUAACGGUGUUAACGGAACGACCAAUGGCACCGUCAACGGUACUAAUGGAACGUUCGGGAAUUGGGAGAUGGAGAGGUUCAGAAUCUUUUUCUCCUUCCUACCCGCCUAGAUCUUUAUUUCCCUUCAAAUUUUCAAUUUCACCCUCCCCCUCUCUUUCCUUUCUCCCCAGAACCUAUUAUUCCGUAGCUGCCCUAGCAUUCUCUUUGCGGGGGUGGCGACCUUGCGGCAGCUACCUUCUAUUGCUACGGGGACCAUGUGCCACUAAUUUCCGAUCCCCGCUUCACUCGAAGCCCUAGGCAUUCUUUCCAAAUAUUAUAUUCUUAGAGAUCACGUUUCUUUUCUUUUCUUUUUUUUUUCUUCCCCGUUUUUUUUCUCGUUUUUUCCUUGUUUUUUUCCCUCUUCCCCUUAUCCCCCACUGUUUGGCUCUAUGGGUGGGUUCUUUCACGUUUUAUCACUCGGCGGUCUCUGUUUAUUUCAUCCCGUUUUCAUUAUUUUACUUUCUUCCCUUUUGUUGUGGGGGUAACAUGGUUAGGCUGUGCUCUACGUAAUCGGUUGGAUGGAGGGAUAAAGUAUGGUGGGUAUAUGUAGGUAGCUGCGCUUAUUGAAUGAACAAAGUAUGCUCUCCGAGUUAUCACUUGGGCUGUGGAAGUUUGCGGUGUGGAGCUAAUGUGAUGGUGAUGAGCUAGUCUAGUGACUCGAGGUGCGUGAGGAGUAGUGUGCGCGGAAGAUAAGGUUUUUGGAUGCCUUGACGCCAAGAUUUAGUGUGCUGGUUGGUAUAUCUUGGCGUCAAGGCAUCCGAAUACUUUAUGAAUUGCCAAGUACUUGUAUUUUCAUCGUGUAUUCGGAGCCAGCAAUUAGUAGUAAGGACCUAGUCCUAAUAUAUCAUUCCAAUAUGGGUAUGAUAAUAGCUAGUUUGGUCACGAUUCGAUAUGAAGUUACUCGAUCGCUCACUCAAGUAGCCUGACUGAAGUCAUCCCUGGCUUUUUUCCUGGUGACCCACAAAAAAAAAAGGACGAUCUUAAUCCGACAAGGGAGUACCAUAAAAUCUCCUAAAAGUCCACUCACCGGCCCCCCCCCCAUCAUCCCACUAUAGGUUUAGUCCAGCAGGUUAACGAAUUGGGGAUACCGGUUAGCAAGAGCCAACACACACCUAGCUGUCCUAUCUUGACUGUAUCGGAAAAAUGCUAAUCCUUUCUCAGGGGGGGCGGGCAGACGGAGAUAGUGGAUUUACGGUAUUACCAGGUCAUGAUGUUGUAAUCCUAUUUUAGUACCAAUUCUACUAGCUUGGAAAGACACUUUCUAGUUACCAGAUUCCGAAUACGCGAUGAGAACAUAGGUACUGUGCAGUACAGUGAAUACACCUGCUAUCGCGACUGAAGCGCUCAGCUCCAGAGAGUUUUAUUAGCCCAAAGCACACGCUAGCAAGGUGUCUUCCCUUUUCUUCCCCACUACGGAUAAGCCACGCCACGCAGGCUGCUAUGAUACCUGCGCGUUUUGGGAAAACAACACCUGUCGCUGCACUAUCACAUUGCGAAUAUCCGGAGAGCUCUGAAUCGCAAGAAAUCUUUUGCGCUGGGCAUAGCAGGCUCGGGUGUGGUGAACUACGGUGGGAAGGCUUCCCAAUUUGCACAGGAAGUGUAAAGGUUACUACCUGUAUGAGGAAACUCGAGGUAAUCCUUGACGGGAGAAAUUGAGAAGAACCAAGGUUAUAUCAUAUAGAAGUUUAAACAUAGGAAAUAGGUCCGAGGUGAUACAGAUUUUGGGCAAUGGGUAUCCUUGAAAUAUAACUUUGAAAUGUAAGUAUGGAAGGAGGGAUAAAGAAGAAAGGCAUCAUAAGAUAGAAGCAUAAACAAUAAAGUCUAGCUAGUGGCUCGGCGCUCAGUCAUCGUCCUGCGACAGCAUGUCAGCGACAGCAUGUCAGCAAUUCUCGAGCAAAGGUAGAGAGUAUGAGGACUUACAAAGAUUGAGAAGCAGUAUUGUAAGAUAGUAUCAAUAACACGAACCUACCAGUUGGCAUCCGCGAUAUUAGGGGAGGUAUUAGAACCCAUCAGAGUCGGU